AGCUCUUCCCCACACGAGAUCGGCAAAAUGGAGGAACAAGUCCAAGUGAACCCUAACCCCAACCCUAACCCUAACUCGCUUAACCCACUCAGUGAGUCCUCCGCGUCGCCCUCGUUCGCCGCCGACGACGACGAACCAAUUCUGAGUUCUCAUACACUCGCCGCCCUCAAAGAAUUCCUCGCCGAGCAGCAGAGCCACUCCAAUGCGGAGGUUGUUUUGGUCUCCGAGGAUUGGAGGUUGAGCCAGUUCUGGUACACCCCUGAAACUGCUAGAACCGUCGCCGAAGAGGUUCUCACUCUCUGCCAUGGCCUCCAUUCUCGCGUUGCCUGCAUUGCUUGCCCUACUCUCUAUUGUUAUCUCAAGAAAAUGGAUCCUAAUGUUUCUGUGCAACUUCUUGAGUAUGACAAACGUUUUGAGCAAUACGGAAGUGAUUACACAUUUUAUGACUACAAUCACCCUGUGGUGAUACCAUCUGAAUUGAAGCAUUCCUUCAAAGUUGUGGUUGCAGAUCCUCCAUACCUGAGCAAAGAGUGCUUGGAGAAAGUUUCUGAGACAAUUCCUUUGCUCAUACAACCUGGAGAGUCAUUUUUGCUUCUACUUACAGGUGAAGUGCAGAAAGAAAGGGCAGCACAGAUCUUGGGCUUGCAUCCUUGUGGUUUUAGGCCUCAUCACUCCAGCAAACUUGGAAAUGAGUUUAGGCUGUUCUCAAACUAUGACCCUGGAACGAGACUAGGAGGGUGGGAAAAAUAGAUUUGGUGUCUCGGUGAUUGAAUGAUCUUGUCUGCCACCACGAGGACAUUGAGGCUAUUCUUCUUCAAUUACUUAUCAAAUACGCACCACAUUUCUGUAUCAUUACAAUGACAACAAGCUUGAUUUUGACUUUGGUUUGUAUGAGUUAUCGUCCAUUUCUCUCAAUUUCUUGUAAGAGGCAUAGUUUUAAGGUGUAUUAGAUUAUGAGUUUAUAAUGGACCUAUUAAAAUAACUCUCUUCUGAUAUUUGAAAUUUGAACUAAAUGUUUGACC